AUGGCGUCUGUUUUUUUUCCUUACAUACCUAUGUAUACCACUAAUUUCCUUUCGUUUCAGCUGUCCAAGUCUGGUGAAAACCAAGUAUAUCUAAAUGACAUAAACCUUGAUUCUGAAGGUCGCUACAGAUGCGAAGUUUCGGCAGAAGCGCCCUCCUUCCAAACUGUAGAGGCUAGCAAGGAAAUGAAGGUACUUGUUUUGCCUACUGAAGGGCCAAAGAUAACAGGAGGAAGAGCCAAGUAUAACAUUGGGGACACAGUCAUGUUAAACUGCACUUCUGCCAAGUCCAAACCUGCUGCAAUUUUACGUUGGUAUAUCAACGGGAAAUUGGCAAAGCACGAAACUCGAUAUUUUACAACCCAUCAUGACGACGGCCUCGAUAGCUCUAGUCUCAGUUUGAAAUUUAUCGUCACUGAAGACCACUUGCGAAACGGCAACAUGAAUCUGAAAUGUGAAUCGAGCGUACUACGUUCGUAUGUCAUGAGUAAUGAAGAACUGGUGAUGGGGGGACAUCACCAAGCUUCGGGACUGCACAUCAGUGAAAACUUGAAUCAUGAUGUACCAGAUACAACUAGUAUAGCUUCAACCAAAAAUUAUCAGGUGGGAUUUAUAUUCUUCCUGAUGGCAAUCCAAUAUUGGACGUCAACAUGAAUUAUAUCUUCAUUUUCUGUGGGAUGUUGUGGACUAUUUUAACGCUGUGAUACCAAUUGUCUUUUGGUGUGCAGAGAACUACAAAUUUACACUAAAAGAAAAUAAUGAAUGAGAAAUUUGGAGAUCGGCAAUGGAAGAAUUUAAUCACUGUUUAUUAAUUCAUCAAAUUCAAUUGAAACUGAGUUGACAGAAGUUUAUUACUGUAAAUAAUUGGUUUUGCAAUAUUUUCGCUGCUUAUCAAGUGAUCGAUGUAUGAAUAUGUACGUGAUUAUUGUAGCCACCAUAAGGAUAAGUGUUAAAAGCAUUGAUAGGAAUCUCAAAAUUCGAUGUGAUGUUUUACGUUACAUCUUUCUAUACUUCUUCAAUGUUAUACACGAGAAGACGAAACAUGAACAGUCAAUUAUUCCUUCUUUACAGCCACCAUUUUUUUUGGAUGUAAAAACUUAUGAUGUGAAGGAUAUUUAGAGAGGAAAGGUACAUCGGGAUGUUUUAAAUCAUCAUACGUCAACGGCUCAAAACUGUUUUAUUGAUGAAAGUUUAACCACCUUGUUCUACAAAUUAUGUUUAGUUAUACAUAUUUAAGGCACUUUUUACGUUUUUCUUAAACAUAAUUAUUGUUACUAUACUUAAGUUGUAUUUAUUUCAAAUAAGUCAGUUUAUUUAUACGAAUAUUUUCCUUACUAACCACAUCCUAAAAAAAACAUAUAAAUACUUAUAAUUAUAAAAUUAAAUAUACUUUAUCAAAAAAAAAAAAAUACAAAUCAGAGGUCAAACUAAUUCAAUAAAAUAUUACAAUUCCUAAAGAACACUUCUAAAAAAUAAGUUGUAGUAUAAAUCAAUUCAAUAUCUCUUAGAUACACACCGUUGAGACUUUGUUUAAUUCAAGUAACAUAUGAAUUUUGCUUUCUAGCAACUCACUUUUAAGACAUAACGACUCCAGAAAUAUUCAGGGUAGUAUAAGACAUUCCAAGCUACCAAUUGGUGUUUGCAACUCUUCUGACACAAUAUGUAUGUAUCUUGUGAUUUUUUAAUGAGCGUAUUAUAUUAUGAACCUAAACAUUGCUUAGAUAAAUACUUGACCUACUAGUUUUGACGCAACAGUGAAAUGAAUAUUCCUGAAUUCUAGCUUUUAAAUUCGUAAUAAUAUGAAAGCUAUCAAAAAUCUUGUUGCUAUCUAUCUGUUCGUACCUCUAAGUCAACUUACCGCUCCUUAACGUAUAGCUCCAAUAAAUAUGUAUUUGUGGUAAG